AUGGCCGCCUCCACCCUGUCCGUCUGCUCCAGCGACCUGAGCUACAGCAGCCGCGUCUGCCUGCCUGGUUCCAGUGACUCUUGCACCGACUCCUCCUGGCAGGUGGACGACUGUCCAGAGAGCUGCUGUGAGCCCUCCUGCUGUGCCCCCAGCUGCUGCCAGCCCUCCUGCUGUGCUCCCAGCUGCUGCGAAUCUACCUGUUGUGUCCCCAGCUGCUGCCAGUCCACCUGCUGUGUCCCCAGCUGCUGCCAGCCCUCCUGCUGUGCCCCCAGCUGCUGCCAGUCCACCUGCUGUGUCCCCAGCUGCUGCCAGCCCUCCUGUUGUGUCCCCAGCUGUUGUCAGUCCACCUGCUGCACACCCAUCUGCUGCAAGCCCAUCUGCUGCACACCUGUCUGUUGCACACCUGUCUGCUGCAAGCCUGUCUGCUGCACACCUGUCUGCUGCAAGCCUGUCUGCUGCACCCCCUGCCCCUCAUCCUGCUGCAAACCCUCCUCCUCUGUGUCUGUCAUCUGCCGCCCCGUGUGCAGACCCGCCUGCUGCGUGCCUGUCUCCUCCUGCUGUGCCCCCUCCUCCUCCUGCUGCCGGCCCAGCUGCUGCCGCCCGGCCUCCUGCGUGUCUCUCAUCUGCCGCCCCGUGUGCAGACCUGCCUGCUGUGUCCCUGCCCCGGCGGCCCAGCCAUCCUGUUGCUGA